AUGUAUUCGAUGUGGCCGUUACUUUUCUUAUUAUUGUUAGUUGGAGUUGAUGCAAAUGUAUCUGCAUCUCUAAUUAAAUCCUCUUUUCCAUUAGGAAAUGCACAAACUGAAAUAACAUCAGUUCAAUGUCCAGAUGGACAAACUUAUUGUCUUAAUGGUCAGACUUGUUGUCCAUUAACAACGGGUCGGUAUUAUUGUUGUCCAUUACCGAAUGCUACAUGUUGUAGUAAGUUGUUAAUUAAAAUAAAUAUGUGA